UCAGCCCCUACAACCACCACUACCACUACAACCAUCACUACCACUACAACCACCACUACAACUGCCCCUACAACCACCCCUACAACUGCCCCUACAACCACCACUACAACUGCCCCUACAACCACCACUACAACUGCCCCUACAACCACCACUACAACUGCCCCUACAACCACCCCUACAACCACCCCUACAACUGCCCCUACAACUGCCCCUACAACCACCCCUACAACUGCCCCUACAACUGCCCCUACAACAACCACUACAACCGCCCCUACAACAACCACUACAACUGCCCCUACAACAGGCCCUACAACAACCACUACAACUGCCCCUACAACCACCACUACAACUGCCCCUACAACCACCCUACAACCACCCCUACAACUGCCCCUACAACAACCACUACAACCGCCCCUACAACCGCCCCUACAACCACCCCUACAACACUACAACUGCCCUACAACAACCACUACAACCGCCCCUACAACCGCCCUACAACAACCACUACAACCGCCCCUACAACCGCCCCUACAACAACCACUACAACCGCCCCUACAACCGCCCCUACAACCACCCCUACCACUGCCCCUACAACAACCACUACAACCGCCCCUACAACCGCCCCUACAACCGCCCCUACCACUGCCCCUACAACAACCACUACAACCGCCCCUCCAACCGCCCCUACCACUGCCCCUACAACAACCACUACAACCGCCCCUACAACCGCCCCUACAACCGCCCCUACCACUGCCCUACAACAACCACUACAACCGCCCCUACAACCGCCCCUACAACCGCCUCUACAACAACCACUACAACUGCCUCUACAACCGCCCUACCACUGCCCCUACAACAACCACUACAACCGCCCCUACAACCGCCCCUACAACAACCACCACUACUGCCCCUACAACCACCACAACUGCCCCUACAACCACCACAACUGCCCCUACAACAGCAUGUACAUACCUACAGUGCCUUCGGAAAGUAUUCAGACCCCUUGACAUUUUCCACAUUUUGUUACGUUACAGCCUUAUUCUAAAAAAAAAAAAAUUCUCCCUCAAUCAACCCCAUAAUGACAAAGCAAAAACAGGUUUUUGGACAUUUUUAAAUAAAAAACGGAAAUAUCAUAUUUACAUAAGUAUUCAGACCCUUAGUACUUUGAAGCACCUUUGGCAGCAAUUACAGCCUUGAGUCUUCUUUGUUAUGACGGUACAAGCUUUGCACACCUGUAUUUGGGAAGUUUCUCCCAUUCUUUGCAGAUCCUCUCAAGCUCUGUCAGGUUGCUGCUAUUUUUAGGUCUCUCCAGAGAUGUUCGAUCAGGUUCAAGUCCAGGCUCGGAUGGGUCACUCAAGGGCAUUCAGAGUCUUGUCCCGAAGUCACUCCUGUGUUGUCUUGGCUGUGUGCUUAGGGUCAUUGUUCUGUUGGAAGGUGAACCUUAGUCCCAGUCUGAGGUCCUGAGCGUUCUGGAGCAGGUUUUCAUCAAGGAUCUCUCUGUACCUUGCUCCGUUCAUCUUUCUCUCCAUGUCUCCCAGUCCCUGCCGCUGAAAAACAUCCCCACAGCAUGAUGCUGCCACCACCAUGCUUCACCGUAGGGAUGGUGCCAGGAUUCCUCCAGACAUGAUACUUGGCAUUCAGGCCAAAGAGUUCAACCUUGGUUUCAUCAGAGCAGAGAAUCUUGUUUCUCAUGAUCUGAAAGUCUUUAGGUGCCUUUUGGCAAACUCCAAGAGGGCUGUCAUAUGCCCUUUACUAAGGAAUGGCUUCCGUCUGGCCACUCUACCAUAAAGGCCUGAUUGAUGGAGUACUGCAGAGAUGCUUGUCCUUCUGGAAGUUUCUCCCGUUCCACAGAGGAACUCUGGAGCUCUGUCAGAGUGACAAUCCGGUUCUUGGUCACCACCCUGACCAAGGCCCUUCUCCCCCGAUAGCUCAAUUUGUCCAGGCAGCCGGCUCUAGGAAGAGUAUUGGUGGUUCCAAACUUCUUCCAUUUAAGAACGAUGGAGGCCAGUGUGUUCUUGGGGACCUUCAAUGCUGCUGAAAUGUUUUGGUACCCAUCCCCAGAUCUGUGCCUCGACACAAUCCUGUCUCGGCGCUCUACGGACAAUUCCUUCGACCUCAUGGCUUGGUUUUUUGCUCUUACAUGCACUGUCAACUGUGGGACCUUAUAUAGACAGGUGUGUGCCUUUCCAAAUCUUGUCCAAUCAAUUGAAUUUACCACAAGUUGGCUCCAAUCAAGUUGUAGAAACAUCUCAAGGAUGAUCAUUGGAAACAGGAUGCACUUGAGCUCUAUUUCGAUGUCAUAGCAAAGGGUCUGAAUACUUAUGUAAAUGAAGUGUUUCUGUUUUUUGAAAACCUGUUUUCACUUUGUCAUUAUGGGGUAUUGUGUGUAGAUUGCUGAGGGGAAAACAUGUAUUUAAUAAAUUUUGAAAUAAGGCUGUAACAUAACGUGGAAAAGGUCAAGGUGUCUGAAUACUUUCCGAAGGCACUGUAUAGACUAACUUGUGCUUAUGGCUACAACUUAAUGUGAAUCUUUACUUUCGUAACAUAUCUGAUGACUGAAUUAUUCCCUUUUAUUUGUCUCUCAAAUGU